UACAGGACAGAUGAGGGCCAGCCCUGGGUGCUGCCCGUGGUUAAGAAGGUGGAGAAGAUCAUCGUAGAGGACAACAGUCUGAACCAUGAGUACCUGCCCAUUCUGGGUCUGCCUGAGUUUAGGUCCUCCGCAUCCAAGAUCGCCCUGGGAGAAGACAGCCCUGCCAUCCAGGAGAAUAGGGUAGGGUAGUUUAUGAAGUGUGUGUGUGUGUUAGGGGGGUUGUGUUGUGUGCAUGUGUGCGUGAUUAUGCAGAUAUUGAGGUGAAUUUAAAGGAAUGUGUUUAAAUUUGUGCUGGUGCGCUACAUUGCUCCUAAGUAGUUAUGAAGUCGCUUAUUUAGUGUCUAUCCCCUACCACCUUCUCUCUCCCUCUGUCUCUCUCUCCCCCUCUCUACUGUCUCUCUCCCUCACCCUCUCCCCCCUAUCUCUCUAUCACUCUCUCACUCUGUCAGGUGGGAGCGGUGCAGUGUCUGGGGGGUACAGGGGCUCUGAAGAUGGGGGCAGAGUUUCUCAGACGCUGGUACAACGGGAAUGACAACACGAAAACACCUGUCUACGUCUCAGCGCCUACCUGGGGUACACACAUGCACACAGGAACGACAACACUUAAACAUCUGUCUACAUCUGUGCUUGUACGGCAGAUCCAGGGUUGUAUGUCCUCAAAUAAGAUAUUGACUUUGAAUUUGACAGUCGUUAUCUUAUCUGGACCUUAUACUGCUAAAUUGUCCUCUUAAUAGUUAAUAUAUAGGUGAUUAAGUCCAGCAUGUUACUUUUUAACAUCUUUGUAACAAUGUCAGCUAAUGUUACAAAGCAGGCCUCAAAAUACACAUGAAGCAUUCAAAGAAAGACUCCUCUAUUAGAGAAAAGUGUUGUGAAACCUCCUCUACUGUUUGUUUUUAGAGAACCACAACGCUGUGUUUGCCAACGCUGGGUUCGAGGACGUCCGUCCCUAUAAGUACUGGGACGCAGAGAAGCGAGGACUGGAUCUGGACGGUUUCCUAGGUGACCUGGAGGUGAGCCGCUGUGUUCUGAACUGGUAGUGUUGACAUGGAGACCAGACCGCCUACCGAACUCUGAGUUUACCUCACAAUAGUGAAUAUUGAACAUCUUUACUGGUCAUGUCAACGUAGAAAGUAAAUUAGCUUUUUACACACUGUUGAAAGAGGAUAUGUUUAGCUUUCUAACGAUACCAACUUGGUGCAUCAACUCCCAGUACACAAUAUGUAAUUUGUCUGUCCUGUAGUCUGUCUAACAUUGACCUUUGACCCCUGUCCCAGAGUGCACCAAAGCAUUCCAUCUUCGUUUUGCACGCGUGCGCCCACAACCCAACCGGCACAGACCCUACACACGUAGAAUGGAUGCAGGUGGCUGAGGUCAUGAAGGUAAGACUGUGUGUGUGUGUGUGUGUACACAUUUUACUAUUCUUGUGAGUACCAGACGUCCUCACAAGAAUAGUAAAGUAACUAAAAAGGCUAUUUGUAAAAAGGCUAUUUUAGGGGUCAAGGUUUAGUGUUAGGGGUUAGGGAAAAUAGGAUUUUGAAUGGGAAUCAAUUGUUGGUCCCCAAAAAGUCCUUAGAAGUAUAGUAAGACAAAGCUGUUUGUGUGUACAUGCGCAACUUUUUGUAACAUAAAAAAAAAAUUUUUUUAAACAAAUACUUUCUUGUUUUGUUAAUUUCUGAAGGUUUUAAUCUUUCUCCUUUUUUUAUUUUAUUUUCUCUCUCUCCCCUUCUCUCUCUCCAGAGGAGGAAGCUGUUUGUGUUCUUUGACUCUGCGUACCAGGGCUUUGCGUCAGGCUGUCUGGAUAAGGAUGCCUGGGCCGUGCGCUACUUUGUCACCCAGGGCUUCGAGAUGUUCUGUGCCCAGUCCUUCUCCAAGAACUUUGGCCUCUACAGUGAGACACACACUCACACACACACACACCAGUGUUAAUUUUGUCAACAAUAACUAUGACGAAAAAUACACGUCAACUACCUAAUUUUUCGGACUAAACCUAUGACGAUAACGAGACGAGAUGCCCUGGAAAAUAACUAUAACUUAGAAAUUAUGACAAGACGGGAAUUCCACGUGAGACUAAUGGACAUUUAAUUUGACAUGAAGCUCCUUUUCAUCUGUUUUGUCCAAUUAUAAGCAUGCAUGGAUGCAGAAUAUUUCAUGCAAUCCUCUCAUUGGCAGAAUUGACAUAUUUCAGUUGCAUGGUCUGAUUGAGCUGAUCUGCCCAGCUCUCCCACACAGCUCCCAGGUAGUCACUUCAGUCACUCGUCAAUCUUCUGAACUGAUGCGUAGCCAGGACGCUUGACAUGUAACUAGAAACAAUCAUGUUUACUCUCUCUCUUACUUCCAUGUAGGCUAUUUUUGCUUUGAUCACAUCAGAAGCUCUGUUUUCCCAUGGUGCUGUUAUUCAUUCAUCUGUGUUGCUGCUCUCGCUCCGCGGUCCGCAAAUUCGAGUUGCGGUUGCUUUUUUCCUAUGGGAAAAACAAAUGCUAUUUGUUGAAUAUUAGGUUUACAGUAAUACUUCUGGCAUUUUUGGAAAGCUCAAAUUCUCUCAAUUUCAAGGAAACCAUUGUUAUUUACCCCCCUUGAUGGUUAUGAUGGGGAGAAAAUCUGAGCUGUAAAUUGUUUAACCUGUAGGCUUUAUAGCCUAUGUGGUUCAUUAUGGCUGGCAUUGGUUACAAUCUGCCACAAUAUCAAUGUUGCCAGUUAAGGUAUAGGAGGGGAUAGUAGUCCUAGCUGGACAACGCUAUCUGAAUGGGCACAUUAUGGAAGUUAGGGGUAGCCUAAAUAUUCAUUAUCUAAUAGGAACAAAAUGCACUGACUAUUAUGUGACUAAAAUGUCUGUGACUAAAACUAGACUAAAAUUGUCCCGAGUUUUAGUCGAUUGAUAAUAACUAAAACUAACGGAUGAAAGGACUAAAAUUUGACUACGACUAAAAAGGUAUUAAGACUAAAACUAAAUCUAAAAUAGCUACCAAAAUGAACACACACACACUCACACACACACUGUAAGAUUCAUUGAAACAUAUGAAACCAAUGUAUUCCUACUCCUGACUUUCACACAUAACACUCACACACAUUUCAAAUGUAAGUUAUGUACAUAAUGCAAUCUGUAAACUGCAGGGAACCCUAAAUAAAGUUUAUGUUUGCUGGCAGAUGAGCGUGUGGGGAACCUGACUAUCGUAGCUCGUGAUUCUGACAACCUGAAGAGAGUUCUGUCUCAGAUGGAGAAGAUUGUAAGGGUAACCUGGUCCAACCCUCCCUCCCAGGGUGCAAGGCUGGUCGCCAUCACACUCAACACACCUGAACUCUUUGCUGAAUGGUUGGUACACACAUAGUACAAAAGUAGUGUAUGCACAUCCAACAAUUUAUACAUGAGUGGUCGAAACAUUGAAAUACAGUGCAUUCGGAAAGUAUUCAGACCCCUUGACUUUUUUCCACAUUUUGUUACAUUACAGCCUUAUUCUAAAAUGUAUUUUAAAAAUAAUAAUCCUCAUCAAUCUACGCACAAUACCCCAUAAUGACAAAGCAAAAACUGGUUUUUAGAUAUUUUUGCUAAAAAAUAAACUACUGAAAUAUCACAUUUACAAAAGUAUUCAGACCCUUUACUCAGUACUUUGUUGAAGUACCUUUGGCAGCGAUUACAGCCUCAAGUCUUCUUGGGUAUGACGCUACAAGCUUGGCAAACCUGUAUUUGGGGAGUUUCUCCCAUUCUUCUCUGCAGAUCCUCUCAAGCUCUGUCAGGUUGGAUGGCAGAUAUUGAUAUUUUCAGGUCUCUCCAGAGAUGUUCGAUCGGGUUCAAGUCCGGGCUUUGGCUGGGUCACUCAAGGACAUUGUUCCGAAGCCACUCCUGCGUUGUCUUGGCUGUGUGCUUAGGGUUGUUGUCCUGUUGGAAGGUGAACCUUCGCCCCAGUCUGAGGUCCUGAGCGCUCUUGAGCAGGUUUUCAUCAAGGAUCUCUCUGUACUUUGCUCCGUUCAUCUUUGCCUCGAUCCUGACUAGUCUCCCAGUCACUGCCGCUGAAAAACAUCCCACAGCAUGAUGCUGCCACCCCCAUGCUUCACGUAGGGAUGGUGCCAGGUUUCCUCCAGACGUGACGCUUGGCAUUCAGGCCAAAGAGUUCAAUCUUGGUUUCAUCAAAUCAAAUCAAAUCAAAUGUAUUUGUCACAUGCACCGAAUACACAGGUGUAGACCUUACAGUGAAAUGCUUACUUACAAGCCCUUAACCAACAAUGCAGUUUUAAGAAAGAAUACCCCAAAAAAAUCACACAAAAAAGUAACAAAUAAUUAAAGAGCAGCAGUAAAAAUAACAAUAGCGAGGCUAUAUACAGGGGGUACCGGUACCGAGUCAAUGUGCGGGGGCACCGGUUAGUCGAGGUAAUUGAGGUAAUAUGUACAUGUAGGUAGAGUUAUUAAAGUGACUAUGCAUAGAUAAUAAACAGAGAGUAGCAGCAGCGUAAAAUAGUGGGGGGGUCUUAUGGCUUGGGGGUAGAAGCUGUUUAGAAGCCUCUUGGACCUAGACUUGGCGCUCCGGUACCGCUUGCCGUGCGGUAGCAGAGAGAACAGUCUAUGACUAGGGUGGCUGGAGUUUUUGACAAUUUAUAGGGCCUUCCUCUGACACCGCCUGGUAUAGAGGUCCUGGAUGGCAGGAAGCUUGGCCACGGUGAUCAAAUCAAAUCAAAUUUGAUUUGUCACAUACACGUGUUUAGCAGCUGUUAUUGCGGUUGUAGCGAAAUGCUUGUGUUUCUAGCUCCUACAGUGCAGUAAUAUCUAACAAUUAAUAUCUAACAAUUUCACAACAUAUACAGUGGGGGAAAAAAUGUAUUUAGUCAGCCACCAAUUGUGCAAGUUCUCCCACUUAAAAAGAUGAGAGAGGCCUGUAAUUUUCAUCAUACGUACACGUCAACUAUGACAGACAAAUUGAGAUUUUUUUUCUCCAGAAAAUCACAUUGUAGGAUUUUUAAUGAAUUUAUUUGCAAAUUAUGGUGGAAAAUAAGUAUUUGGCCAGCUACAAACAAGCAAGAUUUCUGGCUCUCACAGACCUGUAACUUCUUCUUUAAGAGGCUCCUCUGUCCUCCACUCGUUACCUGUAUUAAUGGCACCUGUUUGAAUUUGUUAUCAGUAUAAAAGACACCUGUCCACAACCUCAAACAGUCACACUCCAAACUCCGCUAUGGCCAAGACCAAAGAGCUGUCAAAGGACACCAGAAACAAAAUUGUAGACCUGCACCAGGCUUGGAAUCUGCAAUAGGUAAGCAGCUUGGUUUGAAGAAAUCAACUGUGGGAGCAAUUAUUAGGAAAUGGAAGACAUACAAGACCACUGAUAAUCUCCCUCGAUCUGGGGCUCCACGCAAGAUCUCACCCCGUGGGGUCAAAAUGAUCACAAGAACGGUGAGCAAAAAUCCCAGAACCACACGGGGGGGCCUAGUGAAUGACCUGCAGAGAGCUGGGACCAAAGUAACAAAGCCUACCAUCAGUAACACACUACGCCGCCAGGGACUCAAAUCCUGCAGUGCCAGAUGUGUCCCCCUGCUUAAGCCAGUACAUGUCCAGGCCCGUCUGAAGUUUGCUAGAGUGCAUUUGGAUGAUCCAGAAGAGGAAUGGGAGAAUGUCAUAUGGUCAGAUUAAACCAAAAUAUAACUUUUUGGUAAAAACUCAACUCGUCGUGUUUGGAGGACAAAGAAUGCUGAGUUGCAUCCAAAGAACACCAUACCUACUGUGAAGCAUGGGGGUGGAAACAUCAUGCUUUGGAGCUGUUUUUCUGCAAAGGGACCAGGACGACUGAUCCAUGUAAAGGAAAGAAUGAAUGGGGCCAUGUAUCGUGAUAUUUUUAGUGAAAACCUCCUUCCAUCAGCAAGGGCAUUGAAGAUGAAACGUGGCUGGGUCUUUCAGCAUGACAAUGAUCCCAAACACACCGCCCGGGCAACGAAGGAGUGGCUUCGUAAGAAGCAUUUCAAGUAUUGAGAAACUUUUGUUAUUGACCAAAUACUUAUUUUCCACCAUAAUUUGCAAAUAAAUUCAUUAAAAAUCCUACAAUGUGAUUUUCUGGAUUUUUUCCCCUCAUUUUGUCUGUCAUAGUUGACGUGUACCUAUGAUGAAAAUUACAGGCCUCUCUCAUCUUUUUAAGUGGGAGAACUUGCACAAUUGGUGGCUGACUAAAUACUUUUUUCCCCCACUGUACACAAUACACACAAAUCUAAGUAAGGAAUGGAAUUUAAGAAUAUAUACAGUGAGGGAAAAAAGUAUUUGAUCCCCUGCUGAUUUUGUACGUUUGCCCACUGACAAAGAAAUCAGUCUAUAAUUUUAAUGGUAUAUAAUGUAAAAAAAUAAUACAUAAAAAAACAAAAUACCACCCCCCGUGGGUAAGAGGGUCUGGUUGGUGUCGGCCAUUGUCUUGGCUGAAAUGAGGCCUUUGAUCCUCACCCAGGGAGAGUCAUGACAGAGUCUUAAGGUGCCUUUUGGCUAACUCCAAGCAGGCUGUCAUGUGCCUUUUACUGAGGAGUGGCUUUCGUCUGGCUACUCUACCAUAAAGGCCUGAUUGGUGGAGUGCUGCAGAGAUGUUUGUCCUUCUGGAAGAUUCUCCCAUCUCCACAGAGGAACUCUGGAGGUCUGUCAGAGUCACCAUCGGUUUCUUGGUCACCUCCCUGACCAAGGCCCUUCUCCCCCGAUUGCUCAGUUUGGCCGGGCGGCCAGCUCUAGGAAAAGUCUUGAUGGUUCCAAACUUAUUCCAUUUAAGAAUGAUGAAGGCGACUGUGUUCUUGGGGACCUUCAAUGCUGCAGACAUUGUUUGGUACCCUUCCUCAGAUCUGUGCCUCAACAUAAUCCUGUCCCGGAGCGCUACGGACAAUUCCUUCAACCUCAUGGCUUUGUUUUUGCUCUGACAUGCACUGUCAACUGUGGGACCUUAUAUAGACAGCUGUGUGCCUUUCCAAAUCAUGUCCAAUCAAUUGAAUUUACCACAGGUGGACUCCAAUCAAGUUGUGGAAACAUCUCAAGGAUGAUCAAUGGAAACAGGUCAGAUGCACCUGAGCUCAAUUUCGAAUCUCAUAGCAAAGGGUCUGAAUACUUAUGUAAAUAAGGUUUUUUUAUUUAAUCAAUUUUAGAUUAAGGCUGUAACGUAACAAAAUGUGGGAAAAGUCGAGGGGUCUGAAUACUUUCCGAAUGCACUGUAUAUCCUCUCUUCCUCCCUUUUCUCUGUCUAUCCCUGUCUCUCUGUCUAUCCCUGUCUCUCUGUCUGUCUCUCUGUCUAUCCCUGUCUCUCUGUCUGUCUCUCUGUCUAUCCCUGUCUCUCUGUCUAUCCCUGUCUCUCUGUCUGUCUCUCUGUCUAUCCCUGUCUCUCUGUCUAUCCCUGUCUAUCCCCGUCUCUCUGUCUAUCCCUGUCUUUCUCUCUCUCUCUCUCUCUCUGUCUCUGUCUCUGUCUCUGUCUCUGUCUCUGUCUCUCUCUCUCUCUCUCUCUCUCUGUCUCCCUGUUGUAGGAAGGAUAAUGUGAAGACCAUGGCAGACCGUGUGUUGUUGAUGAGGGCUUCACUCCAGGCUAAACUGCAGGCUCUGGGAACACCAGGAACAUGGGACCACAUCACACAGCAGAUCGGCAUGUUCAGCUUCACUGGCCUCAACCGUGAGCACACACACACACACACACACACACACACACACACACACACACACACACACACACACACACACACACACACACACACACACACACACACACACACACACACACACACACACACACAAAUGAAUGCAAACAAAUUCAUACCUCUCUUUUCCUCUCUAGUCUUAAACACACACACAUACACUCCCCACCCAGCUAUGUUUAGCUUCACCAGUCCCCUGACGACAUCCUCAUUAGUGUGUGUGAAGUAAUUUAAGUAAAUUCCUGGAUAAACAUUAAACUCCUCUGUGCUGUGCUUUCUUCCUGGGAGCUUCAAAAAGCUGUUAGAACCAGGAAACAGCUUCCCAGCGGAGGGCACUGACGCUAGAGGCUCACUGAUGCCUUAACUGGACAGUGGGGGAACCAGUUCUACUCAAUACACAUUUACACAGCACACUGGCACAUAAAUAUCCUCUCUUCUGUUUUCACUCUUCUUUGUUUUUUCACUCUCUUUCUCUAACUCUCUUUUCACACCGAUUAGUAUAUUGUACGUUCUGAAAAUAUAAUAUUUUCUCUAAAUGUUAUGAGGUCAAGCCUGCUUUCCAGAUGCAGCCUGUAAACUGCAGGCCUGUCAUUAACUAGUCCCCGACUAAACUAUCCCCAGAUUAAACUUUCCAUUCAAAUCUCGAAGGUUCCGUCAGGGGCUAGUUUAGUAGCCCGUAACUUCAGUUGGAUGCGUAAGAAUUUAAAAAAAAUAAAAAAUAACUGUAAGUCGCUCUGGAUAAGAGCGUCUGCUAAAUGACUAAAAUGUAAAAUGUAAAAUGUAAAUGUGUCUUGGGAGAUGCUGGAGGGGGCCAAUCUUAAAAACAGCUUUUAUUUUCUUUAUUUUCUAAUGAAGAAACAUUUCUGUAGACUCUAUUUCUGUGUGCAGUGCAAACAGUGUUCAACUUGACAUAUUUUAUUGCUCCCAAUUAAUGCAGCAUGUAGCUAGCUAGCAAUGUGAAAAAUUUGAAAAAUGUGGGCAGAGUAUGCAAAGACAGUACGAAUUUGAUGUGGAUUACUUCAGCAAAAGACUGGACCUGUUUGCACCCAAAGGUAAGACAAGCGGUAUUACGUGAUGUUCAUACCUUUUAAUAUUUUCUCUCCCUCUCUCUCUCCAGCUAAACAAGUGCAGUACAUGAUCAAGGAGAGGAGUAUCUACCUGAUGGCCAGCGGUCGUAUCAACAUGUGUGGUCUGACCACUAAGAACAUCGACUAUGUGGCAGAGUCUAUCCACGAGACUGUUGUCAACGUCCAGUAGAAGACUACACUACCCUCCAGCCCCCCACCAGCAGUGUGUGUGUAUAAUGUAUUGGACCAAACAUACAUAAUAAGCCCCAUUCCCAACUCCCAGCACACCAGCCUACGCUGGGCCUAUAAUGUCACUGGCUGUCUAUAGAUACAUUAUAUGUGAACACUUAAAUGAAUGCACAAGGCAACGUAACGGUUAAAGAGAAGUGUUAAUGAUUUGUCUGUGUGUGUAUCAUCCCUGUUUGUCAUCACUGCUGCUUGCAGUAGAUUGUGGUUUAAUUUAAUUUGUAUUGUUUUUGUUCAGUAGUCCUGUUUAAUGAAUAAGCACUGUGUGUCAGGGCAUUUUAGCUGCUGUGUGGUUCCACACUAAGGCACUAGCUGGCUGUGUCUUAAUAAUCGGAAAUGGCUUCCUUUCCUAAUCUCCUUCAUUACAACUGAUGUUCCUUCCACCUGUCAUGUCCACCCAGAUCAGUGAUCAUGGAGGGAUGGACACAAGGAAAGGAGAUUUGGAAAAUAAGCUAUAGUGUUUAAACUAUUGAGACACAGCCCCAGUGUAUCUGGAUGUAUUUUUUGUUGUUUUUGUAUUAGGACUAGCUCCAGCAGUGCUGGUGAUGAUGAUCUUCCAUUGCUUAUUAAUAUGAUUAACAUUAUCUUGUGAUUAGUAUUGUUUGGGUUGUUGAAUUGCGGUGGGAUGUGGGCCUGGCAUUUAGGAAAAAAAUUACCUCCAUUUUAUUUAAAGCUGCAGUAGUAACGUUUUGGGCGAUCCGACCAAAUUCAUGUAGAAUUGUGAGUUAUAGAUUUGGCAUUCUCAUUGAAAGCAAGUCUAAGAGCAGUAGAUCUGUUCUAUGUGCACUAUUUCUAUGCUUCCCGUUCUUAAGUUUAGUUUUUGCAUCUUUUACUUUUGGUUUUGUACACCAGUUUCAAACAGCUGAAAAUACAAAUAUAUUUUGUUAUGGAAAAGAUAUCGCAAAGCGGUUUAUAUGGUAAAAUGACUCUCUACUCUAUACUUGCUUGUUUUGUCACAAACUGAAAUUAGGCAAACUAUUAGAAUGUUAGCAACCAGGAAAUGGCGGAACGAUUUCUGCAUAUUGCACCUUUAAUUGUAUUUGGGAACUAUCAGGUGCAUUACAGAAGAACGUUUCAAAGAAAAAAGGAAUGCCACCGCAAUUCAAGAACGACCCGUUUUUAUGCGGAUUUCAUUCCAACUGUGAAAGGCACAUUCCCUGUUCUGUUUGACUUACCCACCUGCAUAAUUUAUAGAAGUUGUUUGGGUCCACUUGAAAGAGAAGCUAAAUAUUAACUGUGACCAAGUAAUCAGUGCUUGACUUGAAAGCAUACAAAAAGUACUAGAGUGAAAAACAAUCAAUUGACCAAAUCAGUCAUGCACUAAAUGUAUGUGGGAUAGAUGGCUAUGUAAUAAGGAUGCUAAUAUUGAACUUGAACUAUGGAUGUUCUAGUUACAAUCAUGUUUAUUUUGGCCCAAGAAGUAAAAAUAAUGUAUGAUUACCCCAGACUUAAGCUGUGUAGCUCUCUGUUGAAAUUGACGCUCAAGGUCCUGGGUUGCGUUCAAUAGGGACAAACAGGACUGUUCUCAAUCAGAGAGCAACAAUCCCUGUUAUUUUUCUUUCAACAUUUGAAAGAAGGGUCUGCUCAAUGUGAAUGUCCAAUCAGUCUGUUCUGGCGCGGUCGCUCUCUGUAGCACUAUUAUUGCACUAUUAUCAAUAUCUACCAUCUCAAUGGUAUACAUGUAUUGUUCAAAAUUGCACAAAUCAAAUGCACUUACAGAUACUGUGAAUACCUAUGUAUCUCAAGGGGGUAUGACUCAAAUCCUUGAAUAAAUGUCUGCACACCACAAUAUAAUGUCAGUUCUUUCAUUCUGAGAGCCAGGAUAGAAAAUAUAUUUUGUUUGUGCAAGUUGUCUCUUUUGUGUGUGUUUCUCAUGACAUUGAGGAUCAAAGUGCAGAAAGCCAAGAACACUGUCAAUACACAAAUGGAGUUCAGAAUAACAAGUCAGAUAUUAAUCUGU